AUGGGACGUGGUACGUAAUCCCCCACCACCCAACGCAUCCCGGCACAAAGCUCUCACCUAACUCACCCCCUUCCUCCCCUCAUAGUCAUUCGCAACCAAAGGAAGUCGGGCGGCAUCUUCCGAGCGCACACGCACCACCGUGUCGCGCCGGCCAAGCUCCGCGCCUUGGACUUUGCCGAACGCAAUGGUUACGUUCGCGGUUUGGUCAAGGAGAUCGUGCACGACCCUGGACGGUGAGUUUGCAUUCGUAGAGAGCGUUUGGGAUCGGAGCAGCGCUGUGAGCGGCUUGUGCCUCGGGUCAGUGGGGUCAUGGGGGAGGGAAGAAAAGGACGCUGGAGGGAUAUGCGGAGGAUUCAGAGGCAUGGACGAGGGCGGAGAGAUGAUGCCGAAGAAGAUGAACGAUCAUGGGAUGGUACUUGACGGAUCUGGACGACAGGGCAGGCCAGGUCGCAGCGCGGGGGCAGAUGGGCAUUUCGCAGGCGCACCCAAGACGACAUAACCGACGAGCUGACACCCGAUGCUGCCCCUCUUUCUCUCUCUUGCAGUGGUGCUCCCCUCGCCCGAGUUGUCUUCCGUGAUCCUUACCGCUACAAGAUGCGCACCGAGACCUUCAUCGCCACCGAGGGCCUUUCGACCGGCGCCUUUGUCUACUGCGGCAAGAAGGCCACCCUCAGCGUCGGCAACGUCCUCCCCCUCGCCGCGCUCCCCGAAGGUACAAUCGUCUGCAACGUCGAGGAGCAGCCGGGAGACCGUGGAUCGCUCGCGCGUACUUCGGGCAACUACGCCACCGUGAUCGGCCACGACGCCGAUGCCGGCCGCACGCGCAUCCGUUUGCCCUCGGGCGCGAAGAAGUCCAUUAACGCCCUUGGCCGCGCCACGAUUGGUAUCGUUGCCGGUGGUGGAAGGAUUGACAAGCCGAUGCUCAAGGCCGGCCGAGCUUACCACGCCGCCAAGGCCAAGAAGAACAACUGGCCCAAGACCCGUGGUGUUGCCGUGCGUAUCAUCACUCCCGCGGUCGUGGCUCGUGCGACUCUUUCCCAGACCUGACAUGGAUCUCCCCCUGUCCUCUUCAGAUGAACCCCGUUGAUCACCCUCACGGUGGAGGUGUAAGUUCUCUUGGACUUUGCUCAGCUCUAGACUACCCCCGCCCGGAUACUGAUCUGCAGCCGUCGUCCCCAUUCAACAGAACCACCAACACAUCGGUAAAGCUUCGACGAUCAACCGUCAUGCUGUUUCCGGACAAAAGGUGAGCCAGGACGGGAUACCGGAUCCUUUUAUCAAUACCGAAUUGAACCAACUGAUCCCGUCGCCUUUCGGUGUCUUGUAGGCUGGUCUCAUUGCCGCCCGACGAACUGGUUUGCUCCGAGGUUCCGUCAAGGUCAAGGAAUAA